AUGUCUAGCAGUCGAAAACAGGCACCUAGACUCGCGCGGCCUGCUGUGCGUUACUGGAAGGGAAAAGCACCGAAAGGCGCUCAAGUUGAAUCAGACUCGGAAGCUGAGGAAGUGCCCUCUCAUCUUGAGGAAGGGGACGUGCCGCUAGGUGACCAGGAAAUAGACGAUGACGAAUUUAGUGACUUGAAGACAAGAAAUGCAAAGGAUGUGGCAGCUCCAAGGGCGAUGAAUAUUGCUUUGAAGGACGUUAGCGUCUCAAAAGAGGGGAAAGUGAUCGUAGCUGGACGGGAAGAGUCUGGACGUACCAUUGAAGAGGAAGAGGAAGAAUCUGAAGAAGAAGAGGAAGAGGAAGAGGAAGAGACUAAACCACGAGUGGACGAAGACGAGUCUAGCGAAUAUGAGUCCGAAUCAGAGGAGGAGGAAGUUGAAUUUAGACCUGUAUUCGUUCCAAAGCGAGCGCGCGCGACUAUUGUCGAAAAAGAGAGCAUAGCACAAGAUACGGAGGAGGCUUUACGCAAAAAGGAAUUGGAGGCAGAGGAACGUCGGAAGCAGAGCCAUGACAUGGUUGCAGAGAGUAUACGACGCGAACUCGCAGAAAAGGAGAAAGAGGAAGAGAUACCUGACGUGGAUGAUACUGAUGGCCUUGACCCCGCUGCGGAAUUUGAAGCCUGGAGGCUACGUGAAUUAGGAAGAAUAAAGAAGGAAAAAGAGGACGAAUUGCAGAGGGAAAAAGAGCGCGAAGAAAUUGAGCGAAGAAGAGCAAUGCCGGAAGAACAGAGAAUGAAAGAGGAUCUCGAACGAGCUCAAAAGCUCAGGGAAGAGAAACCCAAAGGCCAACAAAAGUUUUUGCAAAAAUAUUGGCACAAAGGCGCAUUUCAUCAGGACGAGGAAAUUCUCAAGCGACACGAUUUUACUGAGGCCACGGAAUCGACUGUGGACGUUUCCUUACUUCCAAAGGUCAUGCAAGUCAAGAACUUUGGGAAGCGAAGUCGGACUAAAUAUACCCACUUGCUGGAUCAAGACACUUCAGUUAGUACGGGUGGGUUUGGAGGUGUCGCCCCUGUAAAAUCUGGUGGAACUGGCUUAGAAGGCGGAGGCUGCUUCUUAUGCGGCGGUCCUCAUUUGAAAAAGGGUAUGGUGUAA